AUGCCCAACGAUGAUGGCGCAGCAGGCUUACCACAGUCAAUGGAGCCUACGGCAACUGUGGUGGACCAGCCAGCUAGCAACGCGGCUGACCUGAUUCUCCAAAGGCGACAAUCACCAACGAUAUCCCAAAAGCCCGACCAGGGGCUAUUCGCUCAGCUUACCAGCAAUCAAUUUUUCACAGCUGGCUUCGGUCUAGCAGGCCUUGGAGCAGCUCUUACCCUCGCUCAAAGGGGAAUCCGUCAUGGAGCCAUACUCCUCCGUAGGCGGAUGCUUGUCGACGUCGAAAUCAGUAUCAAGGACGAUUCGUAUCCGUGGUUUCUACAUUGGAUGACCCUUUAUCAACGCUCUCAGCUUGCCGCUGCAGGCCAGAAAGCUGGGUUCGUCGAAUCCGUCCUUCGCAAAAUCACGCCAGGGAUGCGGCACCUCUCCAUCCAGACCGAGAAAGUCGAAUUGGCCAACGGAGCUCUCCACACACAUUUCUCGCUCAUUCCUGGACCAGGGAAACAUGUCUUACGAUAUAAAAACGCGUUUAUCUUCGUGAAUCGGGUACGAGAAGCAAAAUCACGGGACCUGCAAACUGGUCGGCCCUGGGAAACUGUCACUUUAACGACUUUAUAUUCCCAAAGACACGUAUUUGAAGAUUUAUUUAAAGAAGCUCAUGAAUACGCUGCAAAAUCCCAUGAGGGGAAGACGGUCAUUUACAACUCUUGGGGAACGGAAUGGCGCCCGUUUGGGCAGCCUCGCCGUAAACGCCCUCUAGAUUCUGUCAUUUUAGAGGCCGGUGUAAAGGAACGAAUAGUAGCGGAUGUGAAAGACUUCAUUGGCAGCGCUUCAUGGUACCAUGACCGUGGCAUCCCUUAUCGACGUGGAUAUCUUCUCUACGGCCCGCCCGGCACGGGAAAAAGCUCUUUCAUUCAAGCUCUAGCUGGUGAGCUCGAUUACGAUAUUGCCAUUCUCAACCUCAGCGAGAGGGGCUUAACGGACGAUCGGCUCAAUCAUUUGCUCACUAUUAUCCCGUCCCGAACGUUGAUUCUAUUGGAAGAUGUGGAUGCCGCUUUUUCAACCCGGCGCGUACAGACCGAAGCAGAUGGUUACCGCGGGGCAAAUGUGACUUUUUCUGGGUUACUGAAUGCUAUGGAUGGAGUUGCCAGCGCUGAGGAGCGUAUCAUUUUCCUGACAACCAACCAUGUUGAAAGGCUGGAUGAAGCUUUGGUCCGCCCCGGUCGCGUAGACAUGACGGUUAGGCUUGGCGAAGCCACGAGAUACCAAGCCGCCCAGCUGUGGGACAGGUUCUAUGGUGAGUUCGAACACUCCGAAGUCUAUCGGGAGCAAUUUCUCGAAAAGCUUUGCAAGCUCGGGAUUUUGGGGGAUGAAGCCAAUCGGAAACCGGGCAGUCCAAAGGCGACUAGCACGGCAGCCCUACAAGGUUUGUUUUUGUAUAACAAAGAAAACAUGGCGGGUGCUAUCGCCAUGGCCGAAGGUCUUCUGGGUGACGAAGAGCCCCGCCAUGUUUCGGUGACCGGCUCGGUGCGCGACUAA